AUGUCGGUCAGCUCAGUUCAGAGCGAAGAUGUACAGCUCCCACACAAUUCCCUCGCCAUGCUUGGCGAACUCGAAGUUAAAACCUCCACACCAUCACCUCCGACAAGACCGACAGAAUCUAAGACCCGCGCGGAUCCUGGCUCAUUGCCGAAUGGUGACCCUUUGGCGCACAACCCUCUUCACCAGCCAGAAGCGGCCACGCAUCCCAUCCCAAACCCGCCAUGUGGUUGCGCGAAAGAGGGAAGAAAUUUGAUCGUCUGCAUCGAUGGCACCUCAAACCAGUUCGGCAAGAGGAACACAAACGUCAUAGAGCUCUACAGUCUCAUACGCAAGGGCAAAGGGGACAACCAGCGUACCUACUACAAUAGCGGCAUCGGAACCUACGCAAUACCGUCGUGGAGGUCGUGGGCGUACUAUAAGCAGGUCGUAGGUCACAAGAUGGAUCUCGCAAUCGCAUGGAACUUCGAAAGUAUUGUACUUGACGCAUACCGCUGGCUUUCCGAGACCUAUGAAGACGGUGACUGUAUCUACUUCUUUGGCUUCUCGCGUGGUGCUUAUCAAGUCCGUACUCUCUCAGCGAUGAUCCAUAGGGUCGGGCUGAUCCAUCGAGGCAAUGAGAAGCAAAUCCCGUUUGCCUAUCAGCUCUACUCCCAUUCUGAAGGCACCGGGGCCAUGGACUCCGUUACAACGGCACAAACUUUCAAGACAACAUUCUCACGCGAAGUGAAAGUACAUGUCAUUGGCGCAUGGGAUACAGUGUCGUCAAUCGGGCUUGUACGAGGUAGAAAACUCCUCCCUGAUACCAUCAAUGGCAUGAAGCAUGUUUGCUUCUUCCGGCACGCGCUCGCCUUGGACGAACGUCGUGUGAAGUUUUUGCCUGAAUAUGCCUAUGGAGGAUCGUCACCGCAAGAAGCUGUCAUGCAAGACUCAUUAGAGCUCGCGAAGCGGGUGGACGCGGCGAAGGACAGAAACGAACGGAAGGAGGCGGACAGCACGCCGAAGGUGAACGUACCCCAUACGAAGGAAGUCUGGUUCGCUGGAACGCAUUCUGACAUUGGAGGAGGGAACGUGGGAAAUGAAAGUCUCGAUCUGACGCGUCCGUCACUGAGAUGGAUGUAUUCAGAGGCGGAUGCUGCGGGGCUCGCCCUUAACCCCCUCAAUCCCAACUAUAAACUCUUCGCCAAGGAGAUAGACAUUCAUGAAUCUCUCACUUGGGCCUGGUUGCCCCUGGAGGUCCUACCAUUCCGACAUUUGACAUAUGGGAAGAAAGCUAAUCGCUUGUCUUCAAAUUCAGCUGAUACGACAUACCUACCACAUCGUGGCGGAGCACGCAUCAUUCAAGAAGGUCAAAAGAUUCAUCAAUCUCUCUGGGGCUCUCAACAACUGGGCUCUACAUAUACCCCGCGUGCGAAAGCGAAGUUCAAGUGGGCUGAACUGGGAAAGCAAGACAACGCUGAGGCUCUUAGAACCUGGAAAGAGAUCGAUCUUUAUGACUUGGCGGGAACUGUCGUUCGAAAAUACGCCGACAGCAAGUCCACGGGCCUCGAAGUCGCUUCGCAGCAAGAGCAGCGUGCAACAAUCCGCGCCUACGCAAGUUCAGGGGAGAGUCGGCGAGCACUAAUCCGCGAACUAACUGCCCGCAAGAUACGGGCCGAUAUCUUCUGCGAUAUCUUGGACAUCCUCGUUGAGAGUGCAGAUCCUGAAUCGACGGUCAAAGUAGACUUGCCGUAUAGACUCAUAGCGCCGGUAUUGCUAGAUGAUCUACGCAGUACCGACGUACACCAAUGCCAGACCGCUCGGAAAGUGAUGGAGUAUUGUGCGAAAGUUACCAGGACCGUGCGAGUCUUGACUGGUCAUUACUUGGCCGUCUCAUCCGUCGCGUUUUCGCCUGACGGCACGCGCAUCGCCUCGGGCUCGUACGACAACACGAUCAGGAUAUGGGACGCGGUGACCGGAGAGACAGUGGGGAAGCCACUUCAAGGGCAUACCGACUGGGUUUGGUCCGUCGCAUUCUCCCCAGACGGCGUAUACGUCGUCUCGGGCUCAGACGAUCGUACCGUUCGAGUCUGGGACGUGGAGAAGGGACAGGCUGUGUGGACGCCGUUUGAAGGGCACACUGAUUGGGUCCGGUCCGUUGUGUUCUCGCCAGAUGGGAAGCGCGUCGUCUCGGGCUCGUGCGACGCUACGCUUCGAAUCUGGGAUGCGGAGACGGGGCAGACGGUAGGGGGGCCGUUGGAAGGGCAUACAAACUCGGUCUGGUCCGUCGCGUUCUCCCCAGAUGGCUCGCGCGUCGUCUCGGGCUCUGGCGACCAAACCAUCCGUAUCUGGAAGGUCGAGACGGGCCAAAUGGUGGGAGAGCCGCUCGAAGGGCAUACCGACAUGGUCUGGUCCGUCGCAUUCUCGCCAGAUGGCAAGCGCGUCGUCUCUGGCUCGGGCGACAAGACGAUCAGAAUCUGGAACUCGGAGACGGGAAAGGCGGUGGGCAAGCCAUUCGAGGGGCACGGCGGCGCUGUCAUCUCCGUCGCAUUCUCGCCGGACGGUCAGCGCAUCGUUUCGGGUUCGGCCGACUGCACAGUCCGUAUCUGGGAUGUGGAAACGGGAGAGAUGGUGGGAAAGCCGUAUGAAGGGCACACGAACUGGGUGUGGUCUGUUGCGUUCUCCCCGGAUGGCACGCGCGUCGUGUCGGGCUCACGGGACAAAACGACUCGGAUAUGGGACGUGUUAGAGCCAUUGCUACCACAGGCUCAGGAGGUAGAUGUCCACGAGAACGCCAUUCCCGGGUCUGCCGAUGCAGCGUGA